GUCAUUGUCUUCCUUUUGCAUUGUAGUUUGAUUUGCAGGUGUGCGAUUGCCUUUAACUUUAUUUCUUUAUAAGAUGCGAUAAGGUUCUCCCUCCCCUCACUAAAAAAGAAAAAGGAAGAAAGAGGCAAUAACCAGCAAUAAUCCAUGGAAAAGCUUCACUUCCACUGUCCUCUGUUUUUCCUUCUCUUCCAACUCUUACCUUUCCUACUAGUUUCAUCGGAUGACACUAACACGAAGCCGGACAACUACUUCAUCAAUUGUGGCUCAGAAUUGAAUGCCUCACUCGACGAUGGCCGGACCUUUGUUGGUGACCGGAAAGCAGGGUUCUUCUCCUUCUUCCCAGGCAAGAGCGAUCCUGUCCAAGACAGCAACCCAGAAACAAAUGCAUCCCUUUAUCAAACAGCAAGAAUUUACAGAGUGCCAUCUUCCUAUGCCCUUACAAUCCCUGAACAUGAAAAUGGGACUUACGUGGUACGCCUACAUUUCUUCCCUCUCUCUUCUCAUCCAGAUCUCACCGGUGCUACGUUCAACGUUUCAGCAUCUGGGUUUUUGCUUUUAUCCGAUUUCAAUGUCCCAAACGGUACCAAAUCCCCAGUGAUAAAGGAAUUUUUACUCGCAAUCACUGCAGGGAAGUUCAGAAUAGAUUUCAUUCCUAAGCUAGUGCAGCCUGCUUUGGCUUUCAUAAAUGCCAUUGAAGUCUUCCUUGCCCCUGAAAACUUGACCCUUGUCAGCGCAACUCGUGUUACUCCUGCAGGAAAGAAUGGUAGCUACACUGGUUUGCAUCCUCAGGCUCUAGAAACUGCUUACAGGUUAAAUGUUGGAGGUCCCACCAUCACGCCGGCCGACGAUCCUCUUUGGAGAAAUUGGAUUCCAGAUGAUGAGUAUCUAACUAACCGGGCUUCUGCAAGGAAUGCUAGUUACUUCAGUGAACCGCUGCAGUAUCAGCCUGAAGGAGCGAGUAACUAUACGGCCUCAAACCUUGUCUACAGAACAGCCAAAAUAUCAACGAGCAGAAACAUAACAUGGAGUUUUGGUGCGAGUAAGAAUGCUAGACAUCUUGUGAGGGUUCAUUUUUGUGACACUUUUAAUCCGACAGUAACGCCAGAUACAUUUAAUCUCUAUCUCCUUGGCAAGUUCAAUCUGGGGAUUAGUUCCUAUCCCCAAUUUUACCAAUUAGCUGUUCCCUUUUAUCUUGAUUUUGUCGUUGAUUCCAAUGAUUUGGGGUUUAUGAGUAUCAGCAUAGGUCCGUCACAUGAUUUCCCAAACCUAACUGCAUAUCUGAAUGGACUCGAGAUUUUGAAGUUUUCGGUAGCUGCAUCAGGCCAACAGAAGAAGAGCCAUUGGUUUGCUAUUGUUGGUUCAGUACUUGGAGGUGUGGCUCUCAUCUGCAUUUCGUUAGUGGUAGUUUUGAUGGGUUUGAAAUGCAGGAAAGAAAAAUCCACUGACAAUCAACUGCCACUUGAGCUUCUUUACGGUGGUGAGAUUUCUUAUGAUUCAGCAAUAGAAAGAAAAGCCAAUGCUUUCCUGGUUCAUAACUUGAACAUUGAGCUAAAGAAGUCAUUUGCUGAAAUACAGAAGGCAACUAACAACUUUGAUCCGGACUUGAUGUUAGGCAAAGGAGGGUUUGGAAAAGUCUACAAAGGACGGCUUAGCAAUGGUGACAUAGUGGCUGUGAAACGGCGUGAAUCAGAAAGCGACCAGGGCCUUCACGAAUUUGAGAGAGAGAUCACAAUUUUAUCCAAAAUUUGCCAUCUCCAUCUUGUUUCCUUGAUUGGGUAUUGUGAUGAAAAUUUUGAGAUGAUACUGGUUUAUGAAUUCAUGGAGAAAGGGACACUUAAAGAGAAUCUGUAUGAUUCAAAUGGGAUUCCCCUAGGCAAAUUAUCUUGGAAGCAAAGGCUUGAAAUUUGCAUUGGCGCUGCAGAAGGUCUACAUUAUCUUCACACUAGUGCUGAGAAGAGAAUCCUUCAUCGCGAUGUUAAGUCAACAAACAUCUUGCUCGAUGGAAAUUUUGUGGCAAAAGUUGCUGAUUUUGGUCUUUCAAAGUCAGGUCCUAUCGAUAAAUCCUCAACUUACAAUCGUCUGAAAGGCACGCCUGGAUAUUUCGAUCCUGAAUAUUUGGGAAACCUGGUGUUUACAGAAAAAUCUGAUGUGUACUCUUUUGGAGUCGUCCUUCUCGAAGUGCUCUGUGCAAGACCAGCCAUUAAGGAGGGAGUGAACCUAGUUGACUGGGCAAUGCCAGGGAUAAAGGAAGGCCAACUGAAAGAAAUUAUGGACCCAUUUCUUGUGGGCAAACUUAAUCCCAAAUCGUUGAAAACAUUUGUUGGAACAGCUGAGAAGUGCUUAAAUGAUUUGAGUGUUAACCGGCCUACAAUGUAUGCUGUAUUGUGGGACUUGAAGUAUGCGCUGGGGUUCGAAGAAAAUGCAAUGCACAAACAGCCGCAUGAAGAUAGCACUGCAGAUGCAUCGUUGGAGCUGGCGCUGCCUUUAGCUAAGCAUUUUCCUUCUAACAGCCUCCCUGGUGGCGAAGAAAGCUUGGUGCAAAUAGGAUUACCUGGUGAAGAUGGUUCGGAUACAACAGCUAGUGAAGUGUUCUCCCAGUUGAGGAUUGAUCUUCCCAGAUAAUUUCAACACUUCAAGAAGCAAACCCCACUAGAACUCUGGCAAGAACUUUUCCUGCCUGCAUAUGGAGGAAUCCGAUCUUUUGGUGCGACUUGAAGGAGCCUGUAUUGUCAAAUCUCACCAUCUCGAGGUUAAAAAAAUGCAAGCCUCUCUGGAUGUUCUCCUUAAUUAAUCCAAGAUGGGUGUUUUCUGUGUCGAGGAUUCUUCGCCUUAAUUUUAAGAGAAUGUUAUAUAUGUAUCUUUCUUGUCUAUCCUCUAAUUAGUAAGGAAUUGAUAUGUAAUUAUUGCGCUAGCUAUCCAAUCAAUUUUCAGAUGGA